GGUGUCAGUGACGGUGUGUGCGCUAUAUUACCAUAAGUGAUGUCAUAUAUCAUAACCAUGUAGUCAUCAAUGGUUUGUAUAGCACCGGCAGCUCAUGACUGUCAACCCAUUCAACACAAUCACUAAACCAAACAUUUGCUUAUUUGUGUGAAAAAAAACUUUUUAUUUGUUAAACAAAAUAUUUAAUAUAUAAAUGAAAUUUUGUUUUUUACAUUUCACUAAUAAACUACCGGUGCUAUAGCACUGACACAUCCAUAUCAACAACAGGUGUAUUACUCUACCAAUUGAGGGGUUGUCGUAGUUGUGGACGUCAUUGAGUGAUAUUUUUGUGGCUUUUAAAGAGUUUAAAAUUAUUUUGAAUGAAUCGGUGGUUGUUUUAGAUAAACUAAUUGUUUUCAAUCAAAUCAUGUUAUAUUUGAUUGGUUUGGGUUUGGGUGACGCUAAAGAUAUCACCGUAAAGGGUCUCGAAGUGGUCAGGAGUGCCAAACGUGUAUAUCUCGAGUCAUACACUUCCAUACUAUCCGUCAGUAAAGAAGCGCUGGAAGAGUUUUAUGGUCGAGAAGUUGUGGUCAGUGACCGUCUGUUUGUCGAACAAUCGGCUGAUGAGAUACUGGAAGACGCUGUUGUUAAUGAUAUAGCCUUUUUAGUGGUCGGAGACCCACUCGGUGCGACCACACAUACAGACCUUAUAUUACGGGCGCACCAGAAGGGUGUUAAGCACCGACUCAUACAUAACGCGUCGAUAAUCAACGCAUGCGGUGCCGCAGGUCUUCAGUUGUAUAACUUCGGCGAAAUUGUUUCGAUCCCCUUCUGGACAGACAACUGGAGACCCGACAGCUUUAUGGAUAAAAUUUUGUCAAACUUAAGGUCCGGUUUACAUACACUUUGUCUUUUAGAUAUUAAAGUAAAAGAGCAGUCCAUAGAAGCAAUGAUGAAAAGAAAGGUUGUCUACGAACCGCCCCGUUAUAUGAGUGUCACUGUUGCGGCCAAACAGUUACUCGAUAUCAUUGAAAUGAGACCACAAUUUCCGACGGAUUUAUUGAACGAUACAUCUGUGGCCAUAGCAUUGGCCAGAAUUGGUUGCGAUAAUCAGUGCAUAAAGACUUGUAAACUGAAAGACAUGUUGUCAUUAGAUAUGGGAGAACCACUUCAUUCAGUGAUAAUCCCCGGAAAACUACAUCCAAUUGAAACAGAAAUGUUGCGAAUAUUUGCCGAUAAUAUUGAUAUCGAGAUAUAAAAAUUUAUAUACUUUUUGUAAUCAUUUAUAACAAAAUUUGUGUCAUUUUAUACGGUUAUC